UUUGUCAACCCACUGUUGAAUCAUUAAGUGUCUUUUUAUUUUUAGCAAAUUCUGAUGCUUUUUACAAGUAGCAUCCAUUUCGGAAGUUCAAGGCUCUUGCUUUUCUGCAAUACCCUUUGGCACUAUUCACCAUGUCCCUGACGCCUAGAUGGAGCAGAAAGAAACCCCAUUUCCCUUUGCUCGCGGUUCUUCUCUUAGUUUUCAUAACUUGUUCGAUCCUCUACAAUGAAUUCAACAUUCAACAAAUCCAUGAAAGCCCGGAUCAUGGUUCUGCUCGCAGCACUCAAGGAAUUUCAUUUACUUAUGUGAAACCAAAUCUUCCCAAAGGAGCUUCAGAGGUUUUGGAUAGAUUCAGCAGUUGCAACUCGACUAAGAGCUACAGUGGGAAGAAAAUCCGGUGGGUGAAUCCGGAUGCAGAGUCGGUUCGGCGGCGGAGUACAAGGCAAGAGAGUUGUGACGUGUUCUCCGGCAAAUGGGUGUUCGAUAACCAAUCGUAUCCGCUUUACGAAGAGUCCAGCUGCCCGUAUAUGUCGGACCAGUUGGCAUGCCAUAAGCAUGGAAGGUCAGAUCUCCAGUAUCAGCAUUGGAGAUGGCAGCCUCAUAACUGCAAUUUGAAGAGGUGGAAUUUGAUCGGAAUGUGGGAGAAGUUGAGAGGGAAAAGGCUAAUGUUUGUCGGGGAUUCACUGAACCGAGGUCAAUGGAUAUCAAUGGUGUGCUUGUUACAGUCGGUGAUCCCGGCAAAUAAGAAAACUAUGACUCCAAAUGCUCAGCUUACCAUUUUCAGAGCGGAGGAAUACAAUGCUACGGUGGAAUUUUUCUGGGCUCCACUUAUGGUUGAAUCUAAUUCUGAUGACCCAGUUAAUCACAGAUUGGCUGAACGGAUCAUCCGUCCGGAUUCAGUACUUAAGCAUUCAUCGCAGUGGGAGCAUGCGGAUAUACUAAUUUUCAACUCGUAUUUGUGGUGGAGACAAGGCCCGGUGAAAUUGUUGUGGUGUUCUGAGAAAAACAGAGCCUGUGAGGAGCUCGAUGGUCUAGAAGCCAUGGAGUUGGCCAUGAGCACUUGGGCAGACUGGGUCGCAUCGAGAGUCAUUCCGCUGAAGAAACGUGUCUUUUUUGUUACAAUGUCACCAACCCAUUUCUGGAGUCAAGAGUGGGAACCUGGAAGCGAAGGAAAUUGCUAUAACCAAAUGAGGCCCAUCACUACAGAGGGAUAUUGGGGAAGUGGUUCCGACUUGCCGACCAUGCGCAUGGUGGAUAAAGUGCUUUCCCAUUUGGGUUCGAAGGUAUCUGUUAUCAAUAUUACUCAGCUCUCGGAAUAUCGAAAAGACGGUCACCCUUCUAUUUAUAGAAAAUUUUGGGAGACACUGAGCCCCCAGCAAUUGGCUAACCCUGCAAGCUACUCUGAUUGCAUACAUUGGUGCUUACCGGGUGUGCCUGAUGUGUGGAAUGAAUUGAUAUUCCACUUUUUGUAAAAGUUAGUGAACAAUUGAAAUUCUUUCGAGUGUCUUUACAUAUAGCAAUGAGAGAAAAAAAGGGUUUAAUUGUGAAUUCCUUGCCAUUUGGAACUGGAAUGAGAAUGACAACCCUUUGGGACUUGGAUAGUUGAGUGAAAUGAUUGCUUAUCAUGAGCUAUCAUGAGAACUAAAUUCUGUGUAAAAUUUGAGGACCAUAAACUAU